GGCCAGACCCGACCAGACCAUUAAACCUCAUACCCCUUAGUUAACCGGCUCAAUGACUUAAACCGGUUUGACAACCUUGAAUACGAGACAAGAAGCUUUGUAAUGAUAUCUUAUUAGUCAAUUGGGUUUGCUAUUUUGAGAAAUCUAGUUAAGAUGUUGUUGGUGUAUUCUGAGACGCUGAUAUUGCACACCAAGAGACAAGGUUAUUGUUUGGUUGAUAGUUCUCAACGAGAUAAAUACCUUUGACCAAAGUUGUUAAACCCCUAUCGAAUCCCCGGUUCGACCUAAGUCCUACUUCAAAAUGGCCUCCAGAAAGCCCUGGUCUGACCUCUAAAUAUGGAGAAGAAGAGAGGGGGAAGAGAGGAAGAGGAACAAAGGAAGGGAGAUGGUGGGUGGAUCAUAAAGGUUAGGUAGAUUUAUUUUGUGGAAAAUAAGUUUUUAAAUAGAUAUAUGUAAGAUAAAUUUUAGUUCGGUCAUUAAAUUUUUAAUUACUAUCUACCUCGCCCAAAUAAAUCACACGGAUAACAAAAUUAUUUCUACUAAAAGUAAAAAAAAACGAGUUAAUUAAAUAAAGAUCACAAAAUAAAUCACUUGCCAACUAAUCCACACAAAUGCUAUGUUUCAUAUUUACACAAGUAGUAGUCAUGGAAUCAUGAUUCAUGAUGAGAAUCACCAUGAGCUGGUGGAUUCCAUCUGAGCCGAGACCCUUUUGUGUUUGAGCAAACAGAACCAAAUCUCAAUAUGCUGUUGUCCAGCCCAAAUGUGGAAGCCCAGAUUCGUUCCUUCUAGAGAUAGAUUGAUCAUUUUAAAAUAGGCUUAAUUGCAAGUUUGGUCACUCGAAUUGCUAUAAAAUUUCACGUUUGCCACUCAAAUUAAUUUAUUCCAUUUAUAGUCACUCGAAUUAGUUGAACAAUUCAAGUUCGGUCACUCUCCGUUAACUCCGUUAACUUUGACUGACGUGGCGGUCAACCCUUACAGUUGACCGUUAAAUGUGUGACGUGGCAAAUAAAAAAUAAUUAAAAAUUAAAUUUUUAGAAACUACACAUCAUUAUCAAUAAAAAUUAUAAUUAUAAAAAAUGAAUGUGUAAUUUCUAAAAAUGAAUCUCGACCACCCAGUCGCUCACCAACUGCCGGAUCUCGUCCUCUGCCACUGUCCGCAGCCGGAUACCUCAGAGCAAGCCCGGCAUUGCUCCCGAUCCCGGAGACAAUACCGGAUUCCGCCGCUUGUUCCACCGCAGGGCCGCGGCGACGGCAGAGGGUUCGUCAGCGAAGCCGUUCCAGGUCGGCGCGGGGGGCAGCCUAAUGGAGAAGCUCAGGGCGUUCGACAUUGUCCGAGACCGGGUCCGAUUGGACGGGCUCGUUCCUCCUCCGCUGUGGUUGAGGAGUUGGAAUCGGAGUCACCGGCGAAGACCAUGACGGCCGCGGACGGGCUGACUGUCGACGACGCGAGAAAGCUGUUGCGUGUGGCGCGAUUGGAGAUGGUCAAAUCGAAGCUGAGAGACACAGGAAGGAACUGUUUGGAUUGGAACAGCGGCCAAAAAACUUGUUGGCUCCUCUCUUCCCCUCCCUUCCAAAACCGCCAAAUUGGGUUUCGUAUUAUAAAAGUUCCAACCUGCCCAGCUCGAUUAGCCGUUUCAUCCAGAAAAUAAACUCUCUGCUUGCUCCUGUAAAUCCUUCUUCCUCACUGAUUCCCCUCUCCUUGUGAAUUCCGAUUUUGAAAUCCCUUCUUUCCACACUCAAAACACUCUUCUACAUCCGAUUCGGUCCACGUCCUCCAUCUCCCGAGGUUCUUGUCUUGUUGGUUUGUUUCUACUAGCUUAUCUUCCCCUGUACUGAUAAUCACCAUGCUCGGCGACGCUUACUAUGGGAAUUGGAAUACGAAUGCGGCGGCAGCGGCGGCGGCUCUUCUCGAGGUUGGUAUUCUGUUAUCUCUCAAUUUCUAUGCGUCUGAUUUCUUGAAGAGGGGUUUGGAGGAGCUCAUUACUUCCUGGGCAAGAAAGUUGUUUGUUUAGUCUGCCAUUCUAUGGCGGCGAGUUUUUUAUAAUUAUAAUUUUUUGUGAUAAUGAUGUGUAAUUUCUAAAAAUUUAAUUUUUAAUUUUUAAUUAUUUUUUAUUUGCCACGUCACACAUUUAACGGUCAACUGUCAGAGUUGACCGCCACGUCAGUUAAAGUUAACGGAGGUUAACGGAGAGUGACCGAACUUGAACUGUUCAAUUAAUUCGAGUGACUAUAAAUGGAAUAAAUUAAUUUGAGUGGCAAACGUGAAAUUUUAUAGCAAUUCGAGUGAGCAAACUUGCAAUUAAGCCUUUUAAAAUAUUACCAAUAUUUUUCAAGGCAAAAAAUGGUAACUUGAAUUCCUUUUAUUUUUUAAUUAUGACUGAAGAAAAUCCAGAGUUGAAAUCGUACGGAAAAUGACACGACAGACACCAUAUUAGAUGGGGGACACCAAACUAAAAAGCUCAUUUUUCCACGACGACUAUUUAAGCUAGGAAUGAAACUGAGUAGGUAGAGACGAGUAUUUUUUACAUUAUGUCUCGUCACAAAUUAAAUUCAGAUUGGGUAAUUUAUUAUAGGAGGCGAGUUCCGGGAGUUGAACUAUAUGGGUAUGUAUGUUAAAAAAAAACAUUAGCAACAUUAACUUUUCAUAAGAAAAUUAAGAAAUAAACUGCGAUAUG